AUGAGUAUUGAAGGUAGUAGUAGGCCAGAGUCGAUACAAAAAGACCAGGAAGGUCAAAGUUCGACAAAUAACAGGGUUUUGAAUGCUAUAGCGGAAGUAUUUCAGACAGCACAAAGGAGUUAUGUGGGACACAGGCGGCAUGUGGCAGUUUUAUACAAGAUAUAUUUGAAGUGCAUUGAGCAAGGUUUGUUAGAUGUGUUUCAGUACUGGUUUGUGAAGAUGACUGUUAAGAUUUUGCCGCUAAAAAAGCAGGAGAUUGUUGGGGAUCGGAUAGUAAGGUUAAUUUCUGGGUUCAUUGCGAGUGUAGAAUCUAAUAUAACUAAGAUGAAGAGUGGUAAUGUGAGUGAGAGUGAUAGUUCUGUUGAUGUGAAAGCUUUGGAGGAGCAUUUUGGCCAAUUUGUGGAUGGGUUUAUUAGACAUUUACUUCGAGGAGUUGAAUCGAAGAAUAAGAACGUUCGUUACAGGGUUAUGCAGUUGCUGGCAGCAACGGUAGACAAUAUGGGGGAGAUAGAUGAGGAUUUAUAUGAACUUCUUUUAUGGAUAUUGAAGCAUCGGAUCUAUGACAAGGAGCCUCAGGUUAGAAUUCAAGCGAUAUUUUGUCUUACCAAAUUUCAAAACGAUAAUGUUUCAUUGACCAAUGAGAGCACGGAAAUGGAUGAAGCAAUGCAGAACUUAUUGUCUGUAAUCCGGAAUGAUCCAAGUGCGGAAGUUAGGAGGGCAGCAAUGCUUAAUAUUGUCCGCUCGAAGCCAACCCAGAAUGUGAUUUUGGAAAGGGCGAGGGAUGUCAAUUUCAUCAAUCGGAGGUUGAUAUAUUCAAGAGUGUUAAAGAGCCUUGGUAAAGAUGUCUUCAAUGAGGUAGAGUCUGAUGUCUUAGACAGAUUACUUACGUGGGGUUUUGAAGACAGAGAUGAAACUGUUAGCACCUCGUGUAAAAAGCUUGUGGCUUUCACAUGGUUGAAUGUUUUAGAAGGCGAUAUAAUCGAAUUACUGGAACGUAUAGACGUCAUGCAUUCUAGCUACUCGGAGAAAGCUUUAUACGCUUUGUUUGAACAGAGGCCAGAUGUAAUAGAAAAAGUUAAAUUCCCUAACGAAGUCUGGGAAUCUCUCACUGUCGAAACAGUUUUUCUACUGAAGUGUUUCUAUUUCCAUUGUCUAGAUAACAAUCUGGAAGCAGUGGUCGAGGAGAAUUUCCCGGAGGCUCUAAAAUUUGCAGAGUACCUUGCGGUUUACUUCAACAGACGUAUGAAUAACGACGGAUCCUUGACGAAAACCGAUAUCAAAUAUUUGGACUUUAUUCUCGAACAAUUGCUGGAGAUUGCUUACAGGUAUGAUUUCAGUGAUGAAGUUGGUAGAAGAGAUAUGCUAAACAUUGUGAGAAAUUUCAUUGGGAAAGGCGUUGUCCUAAAUGAGAGACUAAUUAAAAUUGCAUUAAAAGUAUUGAAAAUAUUAUCGAUUAACGAGAGAGACUUCAUUACAAUGACGGUUGAAAUAAUUAACGAUAUCAAAUACGAGGAUAUUGAAAGACAGGAAUUGGAGGAAUCCAAACGCCGUGAAAAAAAUGGUAAAGAAAAAGGAAAUGAUACUGAUAAAGAUCUUGAUGAUGAAGACAUGGCUGAUAAUGCAGCCUUGGAAUCCUUCCAUUCUGCUGUCGACAACUUAGUUUCAGGAAAACCACCACAAAGUUCCUCAUCUAAUAGAAGUAACGAUAGAGAUACGAAUAAUGACAAUGAUGCUGACGAUGAAGAUGAGCAUCAAGUUUCUCCACAGACUCUUAUUACGUGUUUGACAAUGUCAAGACAUCUUCUAGAGCAAAUAAACUCAUCCUUAGAAGAAAAUAUCAUAUUGUCUUCAUUGAUUGAUACAUUAAUCACCCCAGCAGUUAGGAAUCCACAACCUGAGAUCAGAGAGCUAGGUGUAAGAUGCUUGGGUCUCUGUUGUUUAUUAGAUCUACAGCUUGCAACUGAAAGCAUGUAUAUUCUUGGUAUGUGUGUUUCAAAGGGUAAUUCUUCUUUGAAAUAUAUUGCUUUGCAGGUCAUUGUGGAUAUAUUUUCCGUUCAUGGCACAAAAGUAGUAGAUGGUGAGGGGAAAGUUGAUUCAAUCUCACUACACAAGAUUUUUUACAAAAUCUUAAAGACAAAUGAUCUACCUGAAUGCCAAGCUAUUGCCGCAGAAGGUCUUUGUAAAUUGUUUUUGGGAGAUAUAUUUACAGAUGAUGAUUUGUUUGAGACUUUAGUUCUCUCUUAUUUCUCACCUGUAAACUCCAAAAACGAGGCGUUGAUUCAGGCUUUCGCAUUUUGCUUACCAGUAUAUUGUCUUUCUCAUAUCAACCACCAAACUCGUAUGUCAAGGAUUGCAGCAGAUGUCCUCCUUAGAUUGACAAUGUUAUGGGAUGAAUUACAGAAUUCAGAUUCUACGGACGCAUCUGAAAAGGAGUCUAUGUUAAAGCCAAAUGAAAUAUUUCAUCAAUUAAUAUAUUGGUGUGACCCACGCUGUUUGGUGAAUUCUAAGGAUGAGGAAGUGGAAUCAAAUACAUCUCAAAUAGAUUUUUUGAUUGAUGUUUUGACAGUUUUUGAAAGAUUUGAAAGGAAAGACGUGAAGAAAAUGCUUUUAAUGAACAUUCAAAAGUUUAAUCUAACUCCAAGACAACCUAAAGCUAAACUUUUGAAGAUCAAACAGCUUUUAGAAGAAAUUAUGGAAUACUCAGCAAUUGACAAACUCUGUAAAAACGCAGUUGCAAAUUUCAUGGCAAACUUAUAUUCAACUCUAUCUGCAUAUGAUGAGGAUAGUCAAGAAAUAAGUGAAACCCAAGAUACAAUAAAUACCACCGUUGGACAUGAUCCAGCACAAAUCACAACGUCAGACGUUUCUAAGUUAACCUCAAACUCUGAUACAAAAGAGUCCAUCUCUUUCGUAGACGAAAGCAGAGAAUCCAGAGGUACAAAAAGAAUCCGGGAGUCUGAUAGCAGCAGCAUUUCUGACUCUUCCUUAUCAGUUGCAAAUACGUUAGAAGGAAGUAAAAGCGUUAGUUUUUCUGUGUCGGAACAAUAA